AUGACUCCAAGUCUUAUACUCGCUCUUGUGGCGUCAUUUCUCACGGUUCCCCUCGUGGUUCUACAUAGCAUCCUCGCUUGGCAAUAUAACAAGGUUGCCGGGUUCGGGAGCCAAAAGGCCGUUCUCCAUAAGGGUUGUAUCUAUCUACUGCGAUUAACAAUUAUUGUCUGGCUAGCUGCUAGCGUCGCCGGUCUAGUAGUCGUCUCGCAACAGGUCUCAUGUCUUCAAGAAUCUUCCCGAGACAACUUCUGGAAAGAGGGCGUUAGCUGCGCACUUCACCGAGCUGCUGUUAUAGUUUCUGUCAUCGCCUUGGAGCUAAGUGAUCGCCCAUAUGAUGUGUCCUUGCUGGGUGUAUACAAAGAUCCACGAGCAAUCCGAGAUGGCAGCUUCAUCUCGAGCUCAACAAUGCAAAGCGACAGUACCUUGAAAAGUGAUAUUUACUACAUCUGCCGCCGUCCCGAUGCUGCCUAUGGAACUAGGGAGUACCAAUUGUCUCCAAGCGAUCCAAUGAAGAAGUCCAAUUGGUCUUCAAUUAUUCAGCAUCCCACGCCAAUUCAUCCAAGACCGCACCUCUCACUCGAUGUAGACCCCGGGAGUGAGAACAGCGACGUCCUCUCGGGAUCAACAAUCUCGCCUAACGGCACUCUGAGUAGGAGAUCGCCAGGAGGGAGUACAAUCAACGACAUGAGCUCUAUCUGCCGAACACCGACUGGUGCAACAUCGACGGUUAUGCAUGGUCCUUUUUGGCAACCUCCUCCCCUGUUCGAGCUACCCGAUGGCGCUGGAAGCUCAUCCAACUCUAUUCACAAGAGACAGAAAUCGUCUUUAUCCUCGCUCCGCAAGAUUCUCCCGAAAACAUUUCCGCUAUCACUUCCGCUAUCAGCAGACCCUCAAAUAAGAGCCCUGGCCGAUCCCAAUGUCCCGCGAGAUCUCGAGAAGCAAAUAGAACCCGAGAAUACCAAUGAUCCGAAAGACGAACUUCAAUCGCACCCAGAAUCUUCUACCGAGCGGCAACGAUCGAUUUCUUCCCCUGACGCCAACAAUGCGGACCCUCCGAGGCCGUCGCUUCCACGGUCCAUGACAACGAACUCUGCAGAGGCCCCCGAAGCUGUAAUACCUGCACCAUCUAACGUGCACAGAUCCAACACCACGCAGACCGGUCCCAUUCAAACUGUCUAUCAGCACCAUCCCAAGUUCACCUCGGUCCCUAUCAGCCCCCUUACGCUCCAUCCUCUGAACAGAGCUCCCAGCCAUAGAGCCUCCGUGGUGGAACCAGACAGGAUCGUUAACCGCCAAAGCAUGCGACACAGCGACAGGCGUCAAAGCCAUUGUCAGUUCGAGCCUGUUCAGGUCCCUCGUUAUUCCAGAAGUCAGCACCUUCCACACACUCGAUGGUCCAAGCGGAGUCGGCCUGAACCACGACGCAUGUGGUCCCAGUCCCGUCGAAACGACGCCGAAAUCAUCUACCCAAGCACGCGGCGAUCUCGCAGCAGUACGUGUGGUGGGUUUUCGUCCUCUGGCCAUUUAGAUUGCAUCCGAGAAACGGGAACAUCUAUGGAUGAGCCUCGAGGGGAUAUAUUCUCAGAUGACAACACUUAUCGAGGCACCUCCCGCACUAGUAUGCACAGGUACUACUAA